CCAGACACCCAGAACCUCCUUCCUCCCCCCCCAGUCCAGCGUCGACACCCCCGCGGCAACCCCAGCAAGCAGCCCCGGCCGCCGGCGAGGAGCUCCUCUAUCCCUGGUCGCGCGUGGAGGAGGAGUGGGGUGGGGGGGGGGGAGGUGGUGAGAGUCGCGCCUUACGGAGCCUCCGCCAUCCACCGUCGGACAGAGGGGUUCUCAUCGCCUUUUUUGUUAUUGUGUGGUUUGCCCUGGGUGAGUAAGAAGAUAAGUGGGUGGUCAGAGUGGUAAUUAACAUGGCCGAGAAGAUGUACGCGGACGGGGUGAUCGAGGCGGUCGAGGUGGAGGUGGACACAGAGGCGUUCCUCCGCCGGAGGCAGGAGCUCAAGAAGAAGAAGGUGCAGCAGGACAUCAGGCCACCGCGGGCCCUCUUCUGCCUCACGCUCAGCAACCCCAUCCGCAAGGCCUGCAUCAACCUCGUCGAGUGGAAGCCCUUCGACAUCCUCAUCCUCAUCACGAUAUUCGCCAACUGCGUGGCGCUCGCCAUCUACCACCCCUACGCGGAGGACGACACCAACAAGAUCAACCACAUACUGGAGCAGGUGGAGUACCUCUUCCUGUUCGUGUUCACGCUGGAGGCUCUGCUGAAGAUCGUGGCGUACGGGUUCUUCUUCCACCAGUACGCGUACCUGCGCAGCGGGUGGAACAUCAUGGACUUCAUCAUCGUCGUCGUGGGCGUGCUGAGCGUGUGGCUGGAGGCCACGUCCCCGCAGCCCGACCCGGGCCUGCCGAGCGGGAACAGCGUGGGCUUCGACGUGAAGGCGCUGCGUGCGUUCCGCGUACUCAGGCCGCUCCGACUCGUGUCAGGCCUCACGGUGGUGCUGGACAGCAUCCUCAUGUCGAUGGUGCCACUGCUGCACAUCGCGCUGCUCGUGCUCUUCAUGGUGAUGAUCUACGCCAUCAUCGGCCUCGAGCUCUUCAUGGGAAAACUGCACAAGACCUGUUACUACGAGGGAACGCAGAUGGUGGCCGAGGAUAAACCCGCCCCCUGCGCCUUCGCCGGCAAUGGGCGCUUCUGCACCAUCAACGGUACGGUGUGCGAAGGCGGCUGGGAGGGCCCCAACAUGGGCAUCACCAACUUCGACAACUUCGGGUUCGCCAUGCUCACCGUCUACCAGUGCAUCACCACCGAGGGCUGGACCGACGUGCUCUACUGGGUGAACGAUGCGAUUGGAAACGAGUGGCCAUGGAUUUACUUUGUCACCCUCAUCAUCCUGGGCUCCUUCUUCGUCCUCAACCUGGUCCUGGGGGUGCUGAGUGGGGAAUUCUCGAAGGAGCGCGAGAAAGCGAAGGCCCGAGGCCGCUUCCAGAUGCUGCGUGAGCAGCAGCAGAUCAGCACGGACCUGCGCGGGUACCUCGACUGGAUCACGCACGCCGAGGACAUCGAGCCAGACCACCAUGACGGUGCCGACAAGGGCCGCUCCGGCAGCGUUGGGGAUUCGGAGUCGAUAGCGGAUGAACCCCUCGCUCCAGGAGAUGCAGAAGUCAUGGCUUUUUGUAGCAACUUGGGGCACCGCUGGCGCCGUCUCCACCGCCAGUCCCGGCGCCGGUGCCGUGCGGCGGUGAAGUCCAACGCCUUCUACUGGCUCGUCGUCACGCUGGUGACGCUCAACACGCUGGCCAUCGCCACCGAGCACUACAGCCAGCCCGCCUGGCUCACCAGCGUGCAAGACAUCGCGAACAAGGUCUUCCUGACGCUCUUCACAAUGGAGAUGUUGCUCAAGAUGUACAGCCUGGGCCUGCAGCCGUACUUUGUGUCGCUGUUCAACCGCUUCGACUGCUUCGUCGUGUUCACUGGCAUCGUGGAGCUGCUGCUCGUGCAGCUGCGGGUCAUGAACCCGCUCGGCAUCUCCGUGCUCCGCUGUGUGCGUCUCCUGCGCAUAUUCAAGGUCACCAAGUACUGGCGCUCGCUGAGCAACCUCGUGGCGUCGCUGCUCAACUCGAUGCGCUCCAUCGCGUCGCUGCUGCUGCUCCUCUUCCUCACCAUCAUCAUCUUCGCGCUGCUCGGCAUGCAGCUGUUCGGCGGGCGCUUCCGCUUCGCUCGCAACAGCGACGUGCGCAGCAACUUCGACAACUUCCCGCAGGCGCUCAUCACCGUCUUUCAGGUGCUGACGGGCGAGGACUGGGAGACGGUGAUGCACGCGGCCAUCAACGCUUACGGCGGACCGUCGUUCUCGGGCACGCUCGUCUGCAUCUACUUCGUCAUCCUCUUCAGCAUCGGCAACUACAUCCUUUUGAACGUGUUCCUGGCCAUCGCUGUGGAUAACCUGGCGGACGCCGGUGACCUGACCUCGGCUCAGAGGGAGGCGCAGGCAGAGAAGGAGCGGAGACGGAAGCUCAAGGAGAGCAACCAGGCCGAGAACGAGCUGUCGGGAGCCAACAACGCCCAGGGCAAAUCCCGCGGCGAGAAGAUCGAGAUGAAGGCCCUGCAGGCCGACCAGCCCAAGAAGGAGCCGGUGGAUGAGUUUGACAUGCAGGAGGACAUCAUCAAAGACCCGUACCCACCGGACGAAUUCCCAGGCGACGACGAGGAGUGCGACCCCGAGCUGCCGCUGGGUCCGCGUCCGCGCAUCACGGAGGAGCUCGCCAUCAAGGAGAAGCUCGUGCCCAUGCCUGAGGCCUCCUCCUUCUUCAUCUUCGGCACCAAGAACAAGUUCCGCAUCAUGUGCCACCGCAUCGUCAACCACACCUCAUUCACGAACCUCAUCCUCGUCUUCAUCCUGCUCAGCAGCAUCUCCCUUGCCGCCGAGGACCCCAUCGACCCUUACUCCUUCCGAAACGAGAUCCUCUCCUUUUUUGACAUCGGCUUCACGGCCGUCUUCACCACGGAGAUCGUCCUCAAGAUGACGGCGUACGGAGCGUUCAUGCACACGGGCUCCUUCCUGCGCAACUACUUCAACAUCCUCGACUGCUUCGUCGUGACCGUGUCUCUCGUCUCCUUUGGCAUCCAGUCCAGCGCUAUCUCCGUGGUGAAGAUCCUGCGUGUGUUGAGGGUGCUCAGACCUCUUCGAGCCAUCAACAGAGCAAAGGGUCUCAAGCACGUGGUGCAGUGCGUGUUUGUGGCGAUCCGCACCAUCGGCAACAUCGUGAUCGUCACCACCCUCCUGCAGUUCAUCUUCGCUUGCAUCGGCGUGCAGCUCUUCAAGGGGAGAUUUUUCGCGUGCACGGAUGAAUCCAAGAACACGGAGGCAGAGUGCAAGGGUCUGUUCAUCUGGUACAAGGAGGGAAACCUGGACUACCCGGAGGUGCGCGAGCGCAUCUGGUACAAGAACGACUUCAACUUCGACAACGUGAUGGCCGGCAUGAUGACCCUCUUCACCGUGUCCACCUUCGAGGGCUGGCCGCAGUUCUUGUACCGAGCCAUCGACUCGAGCAAGGAGGACAUCGGUCCCAUCUACAACAACCGAGUGGAGAUGUCUGUCUUCUUCAUUAUCUACAUCAUCAUCAUCGCCUUCUUCAUGAUGAACAUCUUCGUGGGCUUCGUCAUCGUCACCUUCCAGGACCAGGGCGAGAAGGAGUACCGCAACUGUGAGCUCGACAAGAACCAGAGGCAGUGCGUCGAGUACGCGAUCAAUGCGCGCCCGCUGCGCCGCUUCAUCCCGCGCAACCCGUACCGCUACAACGUGUGGUACGUGGCCAACCACCCGGCCUUCGAGUACUCCAUGUUCGCCCUCAUCGUCGCCAACUCGCUCUGCCUCGGCAUGCAGCACUACGGCCAGUCGGAGGAGUUCAGCCACGUGAUGGACGUCCUCAAUCUCAUCUUCACGUUCCUCUUCACCGGAGAGAUGAUUGUCAAGAUCAUCGCCUACAAGCCCCGGGGCUACUUCACCGACCCCUGGAACGUGUUUGACUUCCUGAUCGUCGUCGGCAGCAUCGUCGACGUCCUGCUCAGUAAACUCGAUACGUCAGAGGGCUCGUCGCGGAUCUCCAUCACGUUCUUCCGUCUCUUCCGCGUCAUGCGCCUCGUCAAACUUCUGGCACGAGGAGAAGGCCUCCGCAUCCUCCUCUGGACCUUCAUCAAGUCCUUCCAGGCCCUGCCGUACGUGGCUCUGCUCAUCGUCAUGCUCUUCUUCAUCUACGCCGUCAUCGGCAUGCAGAUGUUUGGCAAGAUCGCGCUGCAGGACGGGGCGGAGAUCAACCGCAACAACAACUUCCAGACGUUCCCACAGGCCGUGCUUGUCCUGUUCAGGUGUGCGACGGGCGAGCGCUGGCACGAGAUCAUGCUGGCCUGCAUGCCGGGGAAGCGCUGCGACGAGAAGUCAGACUACAGCCCUGGCGAGGAGUUCACGUGCGGCAGCAACUUCGCCAUCUUCUACUUCAUCAGCUUCUACAUGCUGUGCGCCUUCCUGAUCAUCAACCUCUUCGUGGCCGUCAUCAUGGAUAACUUUGACUACCUGACGCGGGAUUGGUCCAUCCUGGGCCCUCACCACCUCGACGAGUUCAAGAGGAUCUGGGCCGAGUACGACCCCGAUGCCAAGGGCCGCAUCAAACACGCCGACGUGCUUGCGCUGCUCAGGAGGAUCCAGCCACCUCUGGGCUUCGGCAAGCUGUGUCCUCUCCGCGUGGCAUGCAAGCGCUUCGUCACCAUGAACAUGCCGCUGAACAGCGAUGGCACUGUCAUGUUCAACGCCACGAUCUUCGCCCUCGUCCGCACGGCGCUCAAGAUUAGGACCGAAGGUGGAAACAAGAUUCAGAACAACGAGGAGCUCCGAGCCAUCAUCAAGGGCAUCUGGAACCGCACCAGCAUGAAGCUUCUGGACCAGGUGAUCCCGCCGCCAGGAGAGGACGAGAUCACGGUGGGGAAGUUCUACGCCACGUACCUCAUCCAGGACUACUUCCGCAAGUUCAAGAUGCGCAAGGAGCAGGAGGAGCUGGGAUUUGGGCCUGACCACCUGGCCCUACAGGCCGGACUUCGGACGCUGCACGACGCGGGGCCCGAGAUCCGCCGCGCCAUCUCCGGGGACCUGCAGGAGCUGGAGCGGACGCUCGACGGCGACGACGACGACGUCUUCGCGAGGUCACACGGAGGCAUCCCCAACAACGUGAACUUCUACCCUCUGGGCGUGAACGAGCGGCGUGGCUCUCCAUCGCCCGCCCGCACCACCCAGCGCCCGCUGCAGAUCCAGAAGGGUGGCUCGCCCAACGCCCAGCGCCGCCCCAUGAUGGUGCCCGUGGUGAACUCGUACCUGCAGGACGACCUCUUCGCCCCCGACGCAGACGGCGAGGAGAUUCCGCUGACGCCGCUGCCUGAGAACAACGUCAACCACAACAACAACUCGGCCCAGCAGUGGGGGGCCCGCAUGGGGGGCCCGCGCGGGGCCCAGGACCGCCGCUACGCCGGUGCCCGCGGCGCUGUCGACGGUGGUGCCGGUGGUGGUGGUGUUGGUGCCACCGGUGGCGGUGCCGGGUUGCCACCCACAACCAAAGGCUCCGUGCGGAGCGCGACGGCCCGGUCCCAUCGUGAGACCGUCGUCAUCGAGCGCGAACUGGAGCUGCCGCCCGGCAACCGUUGUCACGGCGACGGGGAGGACGUGGACCAGAUUUGCCUCCAGACACAGGCCAUUGCAGGGUUAGAAAACAACGCUGCCAGAGAUUCUACCAUCGCUGGCGGCUCCUCCACUCCUCUCGCCCCCAGGAGCAAGGGGGUAUCUGCCGCCCCCGGGUCCCACGCUCGUGUUGGGGGAGCGACGAGAGCGGGGAGGCGAUCGGGGCGUGGACAGAGGCAGCAGCCGGCAAACAGCAACGCUGAGAGUCUCAUCCAGGCUCUGUUUAUCUCCGAAGGGCUGCAGGAGCUGGCGAGCGACGCCGACUUUGUGAAGCUCACCCAGCGCGAGCUGUCCGACGCGUGCUCUCUGCCCCCGGAGCGUGCCGAGCGCGUGGCAUACGACCUUAUCAACGCCAACGGUGGCACCGCCGCUCCGUGUCCACCAACCCCGGCUGUAACUCCGGGGGGUCGCGACCCCGGCGGCCGGCGCUCUCGCAGCGUUGCGAACGACGAAGCCACGGCCAUUUAAGUCUCCCGGCGUGCGCUUAAACCUUCGCGAGGACGGUGGGCGGCAGUACAGCAAGUAGGUUGGCAACAGAACCCCGAGGGGAUUUUAUUUUUAGUGUUGUCCCCAUUCGUAGGCAGUGGCGGGGUUUUAUCUGUCCGGGCCACUUGGGUUUCCUUCCCGCAUGCGAAUUAAGUAUUCGUAAAAAAAGAAAAUGAAUUGGUCAAACAUCCCGAUUGUAAUCGCAGUGCAGGAUCGCUCCGAAAAAAAGUAUUGAGAGUCAGUAAGGCUUCCUCAGAUAAAAUAUUAAUAUCGCCCUCAUUAAUAUUGUCAUCAACUAAAGAGGGUGUCGUUUCUCUACGGCCUGAAUUUUUUUUCCAUCAAAUGUUUUGCCACUUGAACACUGACCAGGGGGGGGCGUAAUCUCCUCACACAAAGUCCACCCCGUUGGCAGGAGAGGUCUCAAAGUUAAGGUUAUUAUCCACGUCAAGAGUUUUGUUGAUGAACACAUGCCCGAUCAUGCCUGGCGAUUGUGGAACGUUUAUGGAAACUUGGGUGGGAUUGCACGCAGUUUUGAAGGAAUUAUUUUCACGUUUGUUUUGCCCACCGCCAAAUGUGAUGAGGCGACUGUGUUAAGCCCGUGUAAACUUUCUUUCGGAUUAAAAUUUUCAUAUAUGCCUUUAAUAUUGGAUAACGGUAAUAAGAAAUGUUCAAUUGGCAGAAUGCCAAAUGGCACGGGAGGUGUAUGCUCACGUUAAUAAUACAGUUAUAAUGCAUUCGUGAAUAUACCGAGGGCGGUCUGCAUGAGAUAAGGAGUGCAUAAUACUGUCGUAAUAAAGAGCGGGCUAUGUAGGAGAUAAAGUAUAUAAAGUGAUAUUAAAAAGGGUGCAGGCUAUGCUGGGAGUCAAGCCGUCAAGGUGCACAAUCAUUAUACAGGAAUAAUUAACAGGAGCGCAAUAAAAUAUUAGGAGGCAAAGUAAUGUGGAGGACGAUGCGAAUGGAAGAGCAUCUGUUGUGCAGCCACAAUUCCCAGCGAUAAUCCCCCCCCAAAUACUGCAUUUUUAUUCUAAGUUUUCAACAUUUUUAUCUAAGUAGGUGGCGUUCAGAGUCAUGCCGGUUGAAAGGUUGGCAAUAUUGCGCAUUGGUAACAUUCAUGCCUCAAAGCAAGAAAUGCCUCAAUUCAAUUCCCGACCUGGGAACCUUUCUGCGCGGAGUUUAGAUGUACUCCCCCUACUCUGGGUUCUCCAUGUUUCUCCCAUAGAAAAAAAAGUAUACAAUGUAAAUGGUAUUGGCCAAACAUCUCAAUGCUGAAAUUUUACCUGCAAAUUACUCAAACGGGAAUAAACAUUGCAACAUCACCCAAUUUCAAAACAUUUGCAGGACUCUCCUGAAUGAGUCUUGAGACUCGCCGAGUUAUUCCCGAGUAAGCAAACGUGGCGUUAAAAAUAAUAUUAGAUCUGCACAACAAUGCGAGUGUUUGUACGGCAGGAUACAUUAAGAGAUUGAAGAGACACGAGGAUCGUGGUGUUGCGAUGAGCCACCACACUAGUUGCGGUAGUAUGAUAGGGUGACAGAAUGAAAUGCAAGUGGCCAACAAGACGGCCGAGUCAAGGAAUUCUUUCUUUAGUGGUUAUUAUUCCCACCAAAUUGUGUCGACGCCAUCAUGGCACGAGACGAAGAACUGUCCCUUUGGAACUCUGCAUAUGUCUGUGCAUCACCCAUUGUCAAAGACUAAAACUGACUGAUGUUACAGACCUACUUUUGAGGUUGAUUCAGGCCUUCAUAGCAACUCCAGGGCCACAUUUUUACAUUCUGUACAGAGUAGGGCAAACUGAAAUUUUUAAUCUGAUGGAAUUUCGUAAAAUAAGUGUCAAACUAAAUCUAAUGAUGGUGUUUUGUGCAGUCAUUAGUGAUCGGGCUGAAACCAUUAGCUCAUUACACUCCGAGAACCUGAUUUAAUCAGAGGCGGCUGAAACCCAGAUGCGAACCCAGGUUUCUCAGCGGUGCCGGCUCAGUGUUCCGACCUCUUGAGUCACCCGGCUACUUCAAUAUACAUAUAUCUGUCCAUGCGCACUUUGUAAUCAAUUUACCGGCACUCAAAGAGGUCCCUAGGUUUUAAUUUAAAGAGGACUAAGGCACAAAAUGCGAGCAAUGAAAAAACAUGUGGAACCGCAAGAUUAGAGGCAUUUAUGGACUUGGCCAACACCAUCAAACAUGCUACACAAGACAGCCUGGUUUCACCUCUGCUGGGAAAAUGGGAUUUGCCUUCGUGAUGAAAGCAAAUGUAUUUUCCUGGUCUCAAUGAUCCCAGUGGUACUGCUGUUUUUAUUGUGUACUGAAACCUUGAAAAACAAUGAAACACAGCUCUUUCGCGAGUAUUGGGUUGAAGUUGUACUUGUUUAACUAAGUGAGAACUCAAGAGACCAGGACAAUCUCGAAGAUGACAUCCGCAUCGAAGAUGUGAGCAGAGGUGGAAGGAAGGCCUUUGCUUGAGGGCUUGACCUCUCAAGAAAGUGACCAGAUUUUCUUUUGAAUGAGUGAAACUCAAAUUAUUGCCAGCGGCACCUUGGCAGAGGAUUUUUUUUGGAAAUCGCGAGGGUGGCAAGCCUGUGAUGUGCAACCAUCACAGGCUUUGCCACGACAUAUGAAAAGGCUCUACCUUACAAGACCGCAACUCCCUGUAGCACUGCAGGCGGGUGGGUGGAUGUUGCUCUCUGCCGAACACAAAUGUGUCCCUCAGUACUGGGCUAGGUUAAAAUAUGUGCCAAACCAAUGUUUAUUUUAUGAUUUAUUUUUUGUCUGCAGUCAUCGGUCAAUAGGCUGAGACCAUCAAACGUGUUACAUCAGACAGCGUGGUUUCACCCCUGCUGGGAGACUGGGAUUUGAACCUAGGACCUCAGCAGUGUCGGCUGCCUUCAUUAAGCGUUUCCCCCCUGAGCCAAUGCAGGCACCCCGUUGUAAAAUGUUUUUACGUAUUUUGCUUGCGCAGAUGCUUUUUCGUAUUUAUUUUAACUUAAAAUAUUACCUUAAUAAAUUAGUCAUCGUUUUCAUAAUUUAGCGGAGCGUGGCCAUCAGUGAUGCUGACCGCGAUCCUGGUGUUAAAGCCGCAUCGAUAACAAAGAC